AUGGAAAUGCAGGAUCCAAAGAUGAAUAGAGCCCUCCCUGCAGGUGCUGUAGGCUACAGGCAGGAACGGGAGGGCUUCCUGCCCAGCCAUGGUCCUGCUUCUGGAAGGAAACCGGCUCAGUUCUUGGAUUUCGAGGGGAAGACAUCAUUUGGAAUGUCAGUGUUCAACCUCAGCAAUGCCAUCAUGGGCAGCGGCAUCCUGGGGCUGGCUUAUGCCAUGGCACACACAGGAAUUAUCUUCUUUCUGGUCCUGUUGCUGUGCAUCGCAUUUCUGUCUUCAUAUUCCAUCCACCUCCUGCUGACCUGUGCCAGUGUUGUAGGCAUCUGAGCCUAUGAGCAAUUGGGACAGAGGGCUUUUGGGCCCUCCGGGAAGGUAGUGGUGGCUGCUGUCAUCUGUCUGCACAAUGUUGGGGCCAUGUCCAGUUACCUGUUCAUCAUCAAAUCCGAACUCCCCCUGGUUAUCCGCACCUUCUUGAACGAGGAUCUUUAUGGGAGCUGGUUCUUGGAUGGAAAUCUCCUUAUCAUCAUUGUCAGUGUGUUAAUUAUCCUGCCCCUGGCCCUCAUGAAACAUUUGGGUAAGAAGCUUCCUGGUUUUUAUCUGGGAUAUACCAGUGGUCUUUCUCUGACCUGCAUGCUGAUUUUCCUCAUUUCGGUCAUUUAUGAGAAGUUCCAGAUUGACUGUCCUAUAAGUCACAAUGAGACAGCAAUAGAGAAUAAAGACCCCCCAGGCCUCCCUGCUCAGGGAUUCAACAGCAGCUGUGAAGCCCAGAUGUUCACAGUUGACUCUCAGAUGAGUAUGUCCUACACAGUGCCCAUUAUGGCUUUUGCCUUCGUCUGCCACCCUGAGGUGUUGCCAAUCUACACGGAGCUCUCUCGGCCUUCCCAGCACAGGAUGCAGGCUGUGGCCAAUGUGUCCAUUGGGGCCAUGUUCUGCAUGUAUAGCCUCACAGCAACGUUUGGAUACCUCACCUUCUACAGCAGUGUGAAAGCAGAAAUGUUGCACAUAUACAACCAGAAGGACCAACUCAUCCUAUGUGUGCGCCUGGCUGUGUUGCUUGCAGUGACCCUCACUGUACCAGUUGUGCUCUUCCCUAUCCGUCGGGCCCUGCAGCAGCUACUCUUCCCAAGCAAGGCCUUCAGCUGGCCACGACAUGUGGCUAUAGCCCUGAUCCUGCUGGUGUUGGUCAAUGUCCUUGUCAUUUGUGUGUUCACCAUCCGGGAUAUCUUUGGGGUUAUCGGGUCCACCUCAGCCCCUAGCCUCAUCUUCAUCCUUCCCAGCAUCUUCUACCUCCGUAUUGUACCCUCUGAGGUGGAGCCCCUCUUUUCCUGGCGGAAGAUCCAGGCCCUGUGUUUUGGCAUCCUGGGAGUCCUCUUCAUGUUCCUCAGCUUGGGUUUUAUGUUUGCCAACUGGGCCACAGGCCAGAGCCAUGUGUCUAGACACUGACCUCCCCUGUCCUGCCCUGCUUGGUCCCUGUGUAUGUCUGUGUGUGUGGAGGGAUUUGGGGCCACAGUCUUGCGACCUUCCUUCCUGAGAUGUGGAGGUGACUGGUUCCCAUUAAUAUGACAACCCAAGGUAGGGGACAGCAGAGGCUGAGGAAUGUUCCAUUUCCCUCUUUCUUAGGCAUGCAGAGCUUGGAUCAUGGCCCUCCAUGGGAGGAGGAAGGAGAAAUUAGGUCCUUGGGGAGUCCUUGCCUAGCU